AUGGUUGUCGCCAGAGUCGCCACGACGGCUCGGAACAGGGCCCUGGGUCUUAUGCGCACAAUUAACCACACCAACAAGACAUGUCCAUGCCACGGGGAUCCCUCACACCACCAUUCCCACGAACACUCCCGUCAUGCGACGAAUAUUCUGCGCAGGGGGCGUGGGUAUGCUACUCCAGUUGACGCAUCCCAGCAGAAGGAAUAUGCAUUUGAAAUGGCGGCAAGUAGUAUCCGGUUCGGCCCCGGAGCUACCAAAGAAGUUGGCAUGGACUUUGCAAAUAUGAAGGCGCAGAAGGUGUUAGUUAUGACGGAUAGUACUGUUGCGCAAUUGACGCCGAUGAAACAGGCUAUUGAAGGGUUGGAGAGGGAAGGGGUUAAGUUUGAUAUUUUUGAGGAUGUUAUGGUCGAACCGAAGGAUUAUUCGGUUAAAAAGGCCAUUGAGUACGGAAGAAACUCUGGUGCGGACGCUAUAUUGGCAGUUGGUGGUGGGUCGGUUAUGGAUACUGCGAAGCUUGUGAAUCUAUAUACAAGUUAUCCGGAUGCAGAUUUCCUUGACUUCGUCAAUGCGCCGCUGGGGAAAGGAUUGCCUAUUACUAAGGCAUUGAAGCCGUUGAUUUGUAUUCCUACCACUGCCGGAACAGGUAGUGAAACGACAGGCACAGCUAUUUUUGACUUGACAGACGUCAAAGCCAAAACCGGGGUGGCUCACCGCUAUCUUAAGCCCACCCUUGGCAUUUGCGACCCUCUAAACACCAGAACCAUGCCAUCGGCCGUUCAUGCUUCAUCAGGUCUCGACGUCUUGUGUCACUCCCUCGAAUCAUGGACGGCAAUCCCUUACAACGAACGUAUCCCUCGUCCGACAAAUCCCAUCCUUCGACCAGCUUAUCAAGGCGCCAACCCAAUCUCCGACGUCUUUUCCUUCGAAGCCCUGAAAAUGACAGUAAAAUACCUUCCUCGUGUCGUAAAGGAUCCCGAAGACACCGAGGCACAGAGCAAUAUGCUGCUCGCGGCUACUCUCGCAGGUGUAGGCUUCGGAAACGCAGGUGUACAUCUUUGCCACGGAAUGAGUUAUCCACUGAGCGGUAUGAAUAAGGGUUAUAAACACGCAGGAUAUCAAGUACCUCACCCUUUGAUCCCCCAUGGCGUUUCAGUCGCCGUAACUGCACCCGCAGUGUUCAGAUUUACCGGUCCUACAAACCCACAACGACAUCUCGCUGCUGCUGAGGUGUUUGGUGUAGAUGUUAGUAAUGCGAAGGAAGAGAGUGCGGGUGAGAUAUUGGGUGAAGCGCUGGCGAAGUUCUUGGUGGGAUUGGGAGACCAACCAAGAGGGAUCAAAGCACUUGGAUAUCAGAAGGAAGAUAUUGGAGCACUUGUCGAGGGAACCAUGCCACAGCAGAGGGUCUUGGUUUUGGCACCGAAUUUGAGAGGGGAGGAGCAGAGACAGAGGGAGAUUUUGACGGGGUUGUUUGAAGAUGCAUUGGAGUACUAG